UGCCACCAUACAGUGCUUGUGUCUCAAAUUUUUGCUUGCAUGUCAAAGCAAAAAUCAUCCAAACGAUGGCUCGUGUCUCAAAAACCCGUAAGUCGAGUAACUUAUCGCAAGGCACAACGGCAUUCGGGAUGUCAAUUUGUUCUGCACUGUUUUUCCAUAAUUCAUGACUAAAAUAAGGCAGCCUUUUUCUAAGAAACAGCUUUUUAUUCCAGCAAACCUGGCUUCCAUAUCAGUCUUGAUUCAGUUGUGGUUAGCACUGUGCCUCUCCAUGCCACAAAAAUAUUAACCAUACGUAGGGUUGCAAUCAAAGGGUUACAGCAGUCCCAUUGGGUGACACACACCAUUAGACUGUUGUCAGGCGUAUCUUAGACAAGGCAGCAGACAGGCUGCUUGUAAUGGGAUGAGAUAUGCUAUCUUUAUUGUCAAAACAUAAGAAUGAAGUUCAGGGGGGACGGAUUAGCUUUCCUGACAUUGGGCCGUUUGAACUGCAUGCCAAAAUGAAUUAGAUGCCGUUGCACCCUUGUUUGUGUGCUCACAAAUGACAGAAGCACUCACAGGAAAAAGGCGAGACUUGCCGGCUAAUCAACUGAUAAUGGCACUCGCACUCUCUGCCCAGCAUCCUGCGUGCACGCUCACGGCACGCUUGCUUCACACGGGCAGGCCUGUGUGAUUUUGAUUGUUUUAUUGUUGUUUUUAGUGAGGCGUAAGUUUUGCGAGUUUUUCUGAAACUGUCUUCUACACAGUGAGCAGAUGAUUAAUCCAACUGGUGACCUUCUUGUCUGGAGUCAGGAAGUUCCACCUUUUUGCAGUUUAUUGCCCCCCAAAUGUACAUCAUCACAACUUCAAUGUCUCUCAUUCAAAUACAAGAUCAAAUGUUCAUUUGCAUGCUUCACAUUUUGCUUAGGUGACAAGUUUUGCCCCAAUAAAAUGCUAAACUAAAGUUACAUGAAACACAGUUAAGGGUGUGCGGCCAUCUCAGAAUGCACCACCCAGCCUCUUCCUGCACUGAUAACAUAGUGAGAGAUGUCAGUGGGCAGAAAGAAAGGAUGGGUGUUGGAGCAGUGUCAGAUCCUUGACUUUUCUUUCCCCCCGACCCUUUAAGCGGCCUCCAUCUGAGGAAGUGGAACCUGCACAGCUUCUAUUUAGUUCCGUGAGACAAGACAAACACUUGAGAUGUUAAAGCCAGCAUUGUUCCGACGCAUACAUUUGAUCUUACAACAGAUCCAUCCAGUGGAGCGUUUUAAUAUGAGCGGGAAAUGGUGGGACAAUUAGAAAUGAUAUGCCAGGAAAACUGAAGUACUGUCUAGAUACAAUGUUCAGAACAGUUAUGCUGAAGUGACACAUGGGGGGUACCUCAGAAUCCUCUUUAUUUUGCCAAGUAUGUCCAAAAAAAACCACAAGGAAAUUGUCUCCGGCAGUUGGAGCCACUCUAGUACGACAACAGACAGUCAAUAUAAAAAAAACAUGCUACAUUUUUACUGUUUUAAUUGCGAGAGAAAGCUACAAGUAGAUGAAACUUUCAAGCAAAUAAGAUCUCGACUUAAGUCACAAACUCCAGCGUCAACAAACAGUCUUUGGUAAUUUUUUUUUUUUUUUAAACGAAAAAAAUCCCAUUUAAGUACAUGCCAUUUAAUCAUUAUUAAAGAAACGUUCUAUCGCUUUCAAAUACAGUUUACUUUCAUGAAUAUUAGGGGGAAAUUUUUUUUUUUUUUUUUUUAGUGUUGGCAGAUUUUGUGCAGACACAGGGACGCACACAAUCAAGAAAAUGACGACACUGGUUAGUUCACAUGUUUAUUUUGUAAGUGAAUCACUAUUUUGUUUAGCUAUUUUACGCAUUUCCUUAAUUUAAAAACAGUCAACAGGUGUCUUGACAUUCUUUGAUCGGACAAAUGGAAAAGAAAAGAGAUGGACUGAUUUUGGAAUUACCUUAUUUAAUACUAGAGUUGCGAAAUUAAAAUUUUCAAAGUUGGAAACUUUCCAGAGGAAUUAACAGGAAUUUAUGGGAAUAAACAUAUUACAUACACCCAUAUCAAAAUAUAUCAACCUUCUAAUAAUCCUCCUGUGGACAAGUGUUGAGAAUUACCACUCAUGCGAAAACACUUAAAACAAUGCAUCUGGUUGUCCAAUGUUUUUUUUCAUGUACUUAUCGAAUAAAUUUUAUCUCAUAAAUCAUGAAUUUAAAAAAUUGAAGGUUAAUUCUUAAUAUGAAACUCAAAUAUAGUUGAGGAAACCCUUUCAGCAUAAUCCUGAUGUAAAAAAGCCAAUUUUAGGCAAAUACAGUUAUAGUGGUACCUUGAUGUACGACUGCCCCAAAUUGAGAGUUUUUAAAGUUACAAGCUGUUGCUUAGUGGAUUUUUUUUCUCCCCCAUUGUGUGGCGAACCAAAAUUGGAGUUCGGAGCAUUGGAUAAGAUGCCUCUUGAGUGAAGUGGAGGAAAAAUGUAUUGCAACUAAGGUACUGUAACACCUCUUGUGGCUUCGCAGGAAGCUCAUGCAGUCACCCAGCCAUGUACUCCCAUCCUGAAAUGGGGGAGUAAGAAGUUCAGAAGAGGCAGAGAGCGGCAACAAGGGGGAGGCAGAAGGAUUGGGUGCCAAAAAAAAAAAGAAUAACCACAACUUUAUUUCCAUCUGCAGCCCACAGAUGCUUGCUUCCUUCCUUUACUCCCUUUCAUGUUACAUUCUCAAAUUGCUUUGAUGAAACAUGUCGACGAUGUAAAUGUUACUUUUUUUGUGUGUGUCUGAGUCGAGUCCCGCGUUUGUCAUGGAGGCUGCUAGCUCUCAUCUGUGCUCCAUGCACCAGACUUGUGCUCGGUCUUGUUUAUUCAUUAGGACAGGAAUAUGCUGUUUCACACUGCCACCCUUCCCUACAACAUCCUGGGAUCUUCUGAAAUCUUCCCCAGCGAGGAUGCAACCUUUGGUGACCUUUGCAGGAGCACCGCAGCGUUGUAAGUCUUAUUUAGAACAUGAUCCGGCACAUGAGGAAUUAAACAGAUGGAGAGAUACCGUGUGGGUAGAUUAGGUAGAUAGAUAUAGAUUGAUGGAUAGAUGGACAGAUAGAUCAAUCGAUCGAUAGAUAGAUGGCGCUGAAUGGCACAGUAUCAUUCUGAGACUAGUUUCUGAUUGUUUUCCCUACUCAGGUAGCUAAAUAGGUUUACCAAAAUAUGAACACUUUUUGGUGUGAUUACUUUUGUUAGGUUUCAACAAUUAGGUGCAAAAUCUGAAUCUUAAUCAUGCCUGGAGUCGCUCUGGGGGUUUGCAGUAUUCCUAGAUUAGAACUAGAAUGGCGAGACAUUCUGACCUUUUUUUCCCCCCCCAACUUCCGUGUACAGUGGUGCCUUGAGAUACGAAGCUGCAAGCUGUUUAUUGCUCCUCCCAGUUGAAGGUUACUAUAAAACUAAACAUACAGCAAAACAAAGAGAAUUGCAUGUUGUAUAUGCUCCAAAAUUAUGAAAAAUAGAGCCCACCUCCAAACUGUGAGACGCUGUGUGCGUGAAGAACUGUCCAUAAGCACCCCCUCCCUGCUCCCCCCAACAAAUUACUUUUGGAAAUUAAAUAAUUAAAAUAUGACGUUUCAACCAAGUACUGUAUUGUAUUUUAUUUACAUUUUGCUAGCUUGUUAAAAAAGGACACAUUCAAAAAGAAUUCUAAAGUGCUCUCAAAUUUUGGGGUUGCUUUUACUGACUUUAGGGAUGCUUCCGCACCCCCCAAAAUAGACUAAACACGCCUAUUUGUUUCAGCAUUUAUCUUCAAACAUAUUCAAUGUAUUUUGAAAUAAAUCAUGGAAACUAGAGGGUUGUUGUUUUCGGGGAGAGGCUGGAACGGAUUAAUGGCAUUCUCCAUUCACUUCAACGGAAAAAGAUGUUUUGAUAUAAAAGUUACGAGCGUGGUUACAAAACGAAUUAAACUCGUAACCAUGUGAUAGCAGAUGUCAGCCUUGGGACUACAAAUGAUUGUACUCGCCUAAUUUAUAGCAUUAUUAUCAGACACAUUUAAUGGCUCUCCCAGCUAUUGUUCUGAGAUGGAUAUAAAUAAAAUGUUGUUUUCGAGUGUUUUCAGCAGAAAGGUCUCGGGGGCACCAACUUGGUUCCUCAAACACAGGAAGUAGGGGAACCUUUUCGGGGUGUCAAGGCUGGACACUUGUUUUCUCUGCAUGACCUUCACUUUCAAGUCCAUCUAUUAUUAACACAAACUUGAAAUUUUUUUUUUUCCCCUUAACAUUUGACCUGUUUUUCCUGGUUAUUGAUUGAUGAGCCCAAAAGUGCAUUUGAACUGUCACACCCAUUCGUCUUCGCAAUUGGAAGCAAGCAACAAGUGGCCAGCGUCCUGAUCUGAUACGUCUGAUAUGUUGGUGAAUUGGAGGCGUGUGCUAUCCCGGCGCAGUGGGAGCGCGCAGAGGAAGGGAGGGCAAUCUGCUCCAGACUCUAAUAAGACCCAAUGACUGCUGCAAGGUGGCCAGGAGUGCUGCGACUCGCCACGGGUGGACGCUGGGCGCAAAAGAGGAAGACAAAAGAGGAUGACACCGUGGCAGUCGGAUUUUUAGCAGGGGGGAUUUGGAGCGCCAGUUGUGCGGAAAAGUGGCCAUGUCGUGACAGGUAGACGAUGAAGAUGACUCAAAAUGCUCAGGUGGCUUUAAAUAAGCAAGUACACAUGAGUGCAACCGUAGCACAGAAUCCUAUUGAAAUGUGUUAUAGGUGUUAAGAGUUGAUGAACUUGCACUUUCUGGUUCAUUUUCAAGCCAAAAGGAUGUCCUAACACAAAUUGAGUUUUCAUGCUCAAGCUAUUAUCAGUGCUUUGGAAUGGACCAAGCUUUGACCCCAGCCUACAUGUCCCCCACCUGAAGCAUCAAGCCUCCUCAAUGAAGAAGCAGCCCCGCCGGGCCCACAGCGCCCGGCUCGGCCUACUCGCUCUGUUGACCUGUCUGUGCCUGGCCGAGGGAUGCGGGCCGGGCCCCGGCUACGGCGUCCGGUCCAGGCCCAGGAAGCUGACGCCCAUGCACUACAAGCAAUUUUCCCCCAACUUCUCAGAGAAUAACCUAGGGGCCAGCGGGAGGGCAGAGGGCAAGAUCACAAGGAGCUCGGAGCGCUUCAAUGAACUGGUGUGCAACUACAACCCAGAUAUUGUCUUUAAAGAUGAAGAGAACACCAAUGCGGACCGCUUCAUGACAAAGCGCUGCAAGGAGUGUUUGAAUAGGCUGGCGAUAGCAGUGAUGAACCAGUGGCCAGGCGUGCACCUGCGGGUGACAGAGGCCUGGGACGAGGAUGGUCACCACCCUCCCGGAUCUCUGCACUAUGAAGGUCGGGCUGUGGACAUCACAACUGAGGACAGAGACACGGACAAAUACGGACUGCUCUCCCAGCUGGCUGUGGAGGCAGGUUUCGACUGGGUCCACUACGAGUCCAAAUAUCACAUCCACUGCUCUGUAAAAGCUGAUCACUCAGUUGCAGUGGAAAAAGGAGGCUGUUUCCCAGGCUGGGCCCGGGUGACUGCUGCUGGAGGGGGGCAUAAGCGCAUGUCAACACUAGCUCCUGGGGACAAAGUGAUGGCCGUGUCUACGACAGGUCAAAUAGUAUUUAGCCCAAUCCUGUUCUUUCUGCACCGGGAUCAGGAAGCCCGGGUCACUUUUCUGUCUCUGGAGACAGAAGACGGCCAUACAUUGGUUGUCACGCCACACCACCUAGUCUUCUUAGACCCCGACUGCGCACUUGACAAUAGUAAGUACCGAGCACGAUUCGCCAGCAGAGCCCGAGCCCAGCACUGCGUUUUAAUCCACCGAGCAGACGGUCAGAUACGUCCAUCUCGAAUCAGUUACCUUUCAAUCCAAGAGACCACGGGAGUGUACGCACCUUUGACAGAAGAUGGGACUUUGUUUGUGGACGGGGUGCUCGUGUCCAGCUACGCACUAGUGGAAGGGCACACGCUGGCACAUUGGGCGUUUGGACCUCUGCGACUCAUCUCCUCAUUCAAACGCCUACUUUGGGGGGAAAGCACAACGCAGGAGCAGACGACUUGCACUAACACAAGCUCACUUCAUUGUAAUACAGGUUUCUAUGUGAGUAAUAGCUCUCCUAUUGUACAUCAGGAUGUGGAUGGAGCUUGGAGAAUGGAAACGAAAGAGACACUCAAUUAUCAGACGUCAAACGUGCACUGGUAUGCUCGAGUAUUGUACAGUGUGGGAUCGAUCAUUUUAGACCCAAACACUUUUCAUCCCUAAAAGUAAAGUUUUCUUUUAACAUCAUGAUCACUAACACUUCAAGUGUUUCUUUGCUGUUUGAAUAUAGACAUUAUCAUCAUGGACAGUUUUUUUUCCACAUGCAUUAGAAUUUUUCUCAAAUCAAUAGAUUUUGUUUUAUAUUUUUGUACUAUCUGAUAUGUAAUAUAUGUUUCAUAUUUUAAUAAUUGCACCAUAUGUAAUGUCCUCACUUUUUUUCAUCAAAUAUUAAAAUGUCUCUAGAGCCAGCUUCUGUAGCCGGAGAUCAGAUCGCCAAGGUCCCCACCUUCGGCCACUGCCCAGCUCACGUUACACCCGGCCCCUAUGGCCCCUCCCACAGGUGGUGAGCCCAUGGGAAGGGGGACCCACGUUAUACUUUCGUGCUGUGCCUGGCCCGCCUCCAUAGGCGCAGGCCCGGCCACCAGGCGCUCACCUUCGAGCCCCACCUCCAGGCCUGGCUCCAGAGGGGGACCCUGGUGACCCGUGCCCAGCAAGGGAAAACGGCUUUCAGUAUCUUUAAACAACACAGGGGUCUUUGGAAUCAUGCUUUGUCUGGCCCCUCACCUAGGACCUGUUUGUUUUUGUUGUUGCCAGUUAGGUUGCCAGACAACUUAGCUCCUAGAAUCAUUGGGAUAGACAAACCCCUCCACCACGAUAAGAUGACGGCUUAAGGAGGGGCAUGCUCCACCGCGAGGAGACCCCAGGUACGACCCAGGACACGCCUGGGAACGCCUCGGGAUCCCCCCGGAAGAGCUGAAUGAAGUGGCUGGAGAGAGAGAAGUCUGGGCUUCCAUGCUAAAACUACAGACCGCGUGACCCGACCUUGGAUAAACGGAAGAAAGUGGAUGGAUGGCAUUAAAAUUUAAUUUAACAAGGAACUCAAGUUUUCUGUUUUUCUUUUUAACACUUUUAUGCCCUACAUUUGAAAACAGAAAAGGGAGAAAGAAAUGGAGGAACAUGAAAUCGGGAUGAUUGUGACAAGUCGGAGAAGCAAGAUAUUGGGAAUUAUUUGCUGUCGUGUUGCACCAAGUACCGAAACCAGUACCGUACUGAGGUAUUUUGAUGUCCAUUUGAUGUGUCUUAAAGGCCAGUACCCCAAAAGCCGACAGUCAGCCAAUGACUGCCUGCCUUCCGACAAGUUG